CAUUCCAUUAACGCGCUUCUAUUUGACGUGACUACGUGUACAUGUAUACUGUGCAACUCUUCAUAACUUAUAAACGCUCAUUAAAGUCUGUUAAAGGUUUCAUUUAUUUUAUAGAAAUGGGCUGUUCGUCAUCCAGCAGACAAACAGUCGCGCAGGAGUCGCUGCCGGGAAUUAAAGAGAUGAGCGGAGAAACUCAGCUCAGCCGUGAUGGUAUUAUAGCAGAGGACAGUGUGACCGUCACAACGCAGAUGCAUUUUGAGAAAGAAUCAGGACCAGAGGUGACGAGUGUUCUUGAGAGUAUUGAAAUUGAGAAGGUUCAAGCAGUCAGUGCACCUGUGGACGAGAUGAAUAAAGCAGAAGUUCCUUCAGCACCUAGACCUGAUUACUCUGCUGAAGAGCCAUUGAUUCAUGCUGCUUCAACUGAACACGUUAGGUCUGCUGAUGAACCACCCACCUCAGCUCUGGAGGCCAGUACACCGGUAGAUUCUAACCCUGUUUUCUUACCAAAACUCAGGCUAACGGAAUUAACCUCAGUUCCGGAAUACACAUCAGAGCUCCGCACCCCAGGCUCAGAGGGAACACUUGAGGAGGUGACCACGCCCUCUGAAGCUACCACAGGUGCAGAGCCUGCUCCAGUGAAACUAACCGAAGUUUCAGAACCCACUCCAAUGGAGACGAGUUCUGCAUCAGAGCCAACAUUAGCAGAUUCUACUACAACACUAGAACCCACUCCAGUAGAACCAAGGUCACCUCCAGAACCCACUCCAGUGGAACCGAGCUUAGCUCAAGAGUCAACGUCAGCAGAUACUAGUACAGCUCUAGCACCCACUUCAGUGGAAUCAAGGUUACAUCCAGAACGCACCUCCAUACAAUCUAGCACAGAUCAAGAGCCAACGUCAGCAGAUACUACUACAGCUCUAGAACCCACUUCAGUGAAACCAAGGUUACCUCCAGAACCCACCUCCAUACAAUCUAGCACAGAUCAAGAGCCAACGUCAGCAGAUACUACUACAGCUCUAGAACCCACUUCAGUGGAACCAAGGUUACCUCCAGAACCCACCUCCAUACAAUCUAGCAUAGAUCAAGAGCCAACAUCAGCAGAUACUACUACAGCUCUAGAACCCACUCCAGUGGAACCGAGCUCAGCUCCAGAACCCACCUCAGUGGAACCCAGCACAGAUCAAGAGCCAACAUCAGCAGAUACUACUACAGGUUCAGAACCCACUCCAGUGGAACCAAGCUUAGCUCCAGAGUCAACGUCAGCAGAUACUACUACUACAGCUCUAGAAUCCACUUUAGUGGAACCGAGGUCACCUCCGGAACCCACCUCAGUAGAACCUGACACAGAUCAAGAGCCAACAUCAGCAGAUUCUACUACAGCUCUAGAACCCACUCUAGGGGAACCGAGGUCACCUCCAGAACCAUCCUCAGUGGAACCCAGCCCAGAUCUAGAGAAGACAUCAGCAGAUACUACAGAUCUAGAACACACUCCAGUUGAACAGAGCUCAACACCUACAGCAUGUUGCAGACAGGCUGAAGAUUCUUCUGCAGGCAUGGAUACAGCAGCCGUUACAAAGUCUACGUUGGGGAAUGCUGCCGCUCAGCCUGCUGCUCUAAGGGGGUAAUGGAUGGGGGUAUGAAGAACUGUUCUCACAUAUUCCAGGGCCUGUACUUGAGGUUUUACAGCCGGACGACGAGAAGCCCGUCACAGAUGCAGCUGGUAGGAUCAGCUGCAUUUCGUGAAUUCAAAGAUCACGAAAGCUUAACCAUUAGAAAAAAAUCAUAUUAAAAAACAAACUAGUGUUUUCGAAAGCUCAUGUGGAGUUCAUGCUAAAAUGUUUUGGAGAUUAAGAAGGUAAAUUAAUUUAUUUUCAAUUUACGACACUAUUUCAAUACUUUUGGUUCAUCAACAUGGUCGUCAUUUUGAAAUAUAAGAAGUCCUAAGCUUUAUUACAGAUGAUCAAGUGACUUGACUUUCGAUCUGUCAUUUUACUGAAGCCAUGGAUAAAUGAAUGAAUGAGGCUUUUAUAUAGCAUUGCUGUACACCCAAGGCGCUUUAAAUUAUAUAAGAGGGGUCACUCCUCAACCACCACCAGUGCGCUCACCACACACCAGCUCUAGGUGGAGAGAUAGAUCCAAUUCAGAGGGUGCGAUUAUUAGGAGACCAUGAUUGAAGUGUCAUGGGAUCUUUAUUGAACACAGUGAGUCAGGACCUCGGAUAUAACGUCUCAUCCUAAGGACGGUGUAUUAGUUUUAUAGUCUAGUGUGCCCUAGUGUGCUUUACUAGGGCAUUAGGACCCACUCAGACCACAGGGUGACAACACCCCAUGCUGGUCUCACUAACACCUCUUCCAGCUGUCCCAGGAGGUCUCCCAUCCAUGUACUGACCAGGCUCAGUCAGCACUACUUAUCUUCAGUGGGCAGUGUUGGGCUACAAGGCGAUACGCCUGCUUGGCAAUAGUCCAACAUCAAAAGAUUUACUUUUGUUUGUAUAUAUGACGUGGACACGAGGUCUUUAAAAAUAUAUAAACAUAUUUCCAUAUUUACUUUCUUUCAGCAGCUUGGGAAAAUUGAACUGAUCUCCAAAGAUUGCUGAUGUGUAUUUACACCCAAACUCUCCACUGGAAGUAAAGUGUUGUUAUGUUUUAUACUGCAGUGUCUAAUAAUUGAUCUUCCCUGCAUGAGUUUGUGUGUGUUUCCAAAUCACAUCCGCACUUGCCACAGAAGUGGCGUAGCGAACACAGAGGCAUUGUGGGUAAUUAGCGCAGCGUUGGAGGAGCAUUUGUGAUGAUGCAGUAAAAUGGAUUGAAAUGUCCUUGGUGUGUGUUUGUUUGUUUUAUGCGUUGACUGACAGCUAUGAUAUAAGUUAACCAAAUGUGUUUUUAGUCUUUCUGUCUAAUCGUUAAUAACUGUCAACAUUGCAACUUCAGAAAAUGUGCACAUUCCUAAACACUUAUGACAGGUGCACGAUCAGCCGGCUACUUCAUGAAAAAACGAGAAUCGGCUGCCACUGCUGCUCCCAAAGUUAUUCAUUAAAAUAAACCCCUCUCUGCCUAAAAAGUUUCCGUUAGGCAAAACACAUCAACUAAUUAUCCAGUCAUCUGACAACAAAAGGAAAAAACAAACAAAGUAUAUUCAAUACAGGUUAGGGUUAGGUUACCCCUAAUUCAUCAAAAUCAUACAGCAAAAACAAGGUUUUAAAUCUAACUCAAGAUCAAGACCUUCUGAAGAAAGGGUUUAAUAUAUAUAAAAUGCUUCCCUCUGUUGUAAAGUAUGUCUCAA